CGGGGCUUGCGGCCAAAGCCGCCCGCGGGCACCGCUGGGGUGACUGGUCCGGAUUUCGGUUUCACUCCAGUGUGUCGUGUCUCGUCACUCGAGCUCCUCGUCCCCCUUUUUCUGAGGUAUUUUUUGGCAAAACAAGAGUUUUUAUUUUGGCUUUUCAGUUCAGGGACCAGUGUGGCACAGACUUGUCCCAUGCCAGCUGCUCCUGGGACAACCUUUACUGGAACACCGAAGUGCAAUACCUGUACCUUUCAGAAAAACGACGAGACUCAGUGCCCAAUUUUUCAAAGCUUCAGCAGACCUCAGGAAUGGAGGAGACAAUAUGGGAGCAGUACACUGUGACACUGCAGCGGGACUCCAAGAUGGGAUUUGGCAUUGCAGUGUCAGGGGGGCGGGAUAACCCCAACGUGGACAACGGAGAAACGUCAAUCAUUGUGUCAGACGUUCUUCCUGGAGGGCCAGCAGAUGGACAGCUCUAUGAAAAUGACCGUGUUAUUUUGGUCAACACCAUCCCCAUGGAAAACGUGCCUCACUCGUUCGCCGUGCAGCAGCUGAGAAAAUGCGGGAAGACAGCCAAGAUUACUGUAAAGAGACCCAGGAAGGUCCCUGUCCAAACCCUGAAACGCCCCCCAUCCCCUGAUGUGCAGGAGCGUGUCGUUGACUAUGACGAUUAUGACCGACGGAGUGUUCAGAGCACCCACAGCGGCCGCACCAAACCUGGUUGGCCCGAAGGCAAUGGAGGUCUGGGAUACCCUCGCGACCGGGACCACAGCCUGGAGAAGGAGCGAGGGCGUGGUGGCUACCUGGAGCCUGAAUACCGGGGCCGCGACUACAGCCGAGACCUGGGGUACAGCCGCGAGCGCAGCCGUGGCAGGAGUUUGGAGCGGGACCUGAGCCCUGAGCGUGAGUAUCGCCGCGAUGGCAGCAGGGGCCGAACCUUGGACCGAGAACCCAGCCCCGAGCGACGCUAUCAAAGGGAGCACAGCCGGGGCCGCAGCAUCGACCGAGACUUUAGUCCCGCUCGCAGCUACAACCGUGACCUCAGCUAUGAGCGCAGGAAGUAUGAGCCCCGCCCAGAUGAGAGGAUUGUGAGGAGCAGGAGCCGUGACCACCUGCAGGAGCGCUCUCCUUCUCCUGCCCCCCCUCGAACCCGAGACUAUGACCACGAGCCUCUGGAGAAGCCCAUUAGUGUCCUGCUGGUGAAAAACAGGCCCAAUGAAGAGUAUGGCCUUCGCCUCGGCAGUCAGAUCUUUAUCAAGGAGAUGACCAGUACCGGUCUUGCAGCCAAGGAUGGGAACCUGAGGGAAGGUGACAUCAUUCUCAAGAUCAAUGGGACCGUCACAGAGAACCUGUCCCUUGCUGAUGCCGGAAAGCUGAUCGAGAAGUCCCGCGGGAAGCUUCAGCUGGUGGUCCAGCGGGACCGGAGACAGAUUCUGAUCCGUAUCCCCCCGCUUGCUGACAGCGACUCGGAGCCUGAUGACAUCUCCGAAAUCGAGUCCUACCGAUCCUACUCUCCGCAGGAGGACCGACAGUCCCAUCACUCUGACCUGUCCUCGCAUUCCUCCAACGAGAGACUCCGCGAGAAGCACAGGGAUGAACCCCAAAGCAAGCAAACUAAGGUGAGCCCAAUGGCUUCCCCCUUCAGGGGUCCCGAAGACCACCAUCCAUCCGAGGUGGAGAAGGAGGAGCUGCAAAAGCAGGAGGCUCCAGCUGUUAACACUACCCCAAAAAUCUUGCUCCGCCCCAGUCCUGAGGAUGAGGAGAUAUAUGGGAGCAACACUGUCAUGGUGAGCUUCCAGAAGGGUGAGAGCGUAGGUCUGCGUCUGGCUGGAGGAAACGACGUGGGCAUUUUCAUCGCUGGGGUUCAGGAGGGCAGCCCUGCCCAAGAGGAGGGGCUCCAAACUGGGGACCAGAUCGUAAAGGUGAACAACGUCGACUUCCGAGGCCUGGUGCGUGAGGAGGCUGUGCUCUUCCUGUUGGAGAUCCCCAAGGGAGAGACUGUGACCAUACUAGCACAGAGCAAGCCUGAUGUUUACAAGGACAUCAUGGCCUCGGGCCGCGGGGACUCGUUCUUCAUCAGGACCCACUUUGAGUACGAGAAGGAGUCCCUGCAGGGCCUGUCCUUUUCCCGGGGGGAGAUCUUCAAGGUGGUGGACACCCUGUAUGAUGGCAAGCUGGGCAACUGGUUGGCCAUCCGUGUAGGGAGAGACAAUCAACUUCUGGAGAAAGGCAUCAUCCCGAACAAGAGCAGGGCUGAUCAAAUGGCCAAUGUCCAGAAUUCCCACAAAGGAACAGGGAAUGACAGGGGUGACUUCUGGAGGAUGCGAGGGCAAAGGGCAGCUAGAAAGAAGGACCUUCGGAAGAACCGUGAGGAUAUGACCACCGCUCCUGUCACCACUCGUUUCCCUGCCUACGAGAGAGUGGUCUUACGUGAAGCUGGCUUCAGAAGACCUGUGGUGCUGUUUGGUCCAAUAGCUGAUGCAGCUAGUGAGAAGCUUGCCUCAGAUCUCCCUAAUGAGUUCAUGAUUGCCAAAACGGAGCCCAAGGACGCAGGUUCUGAGAAGUCCUCCGGUGUAGUGCGUCUCAACACCAUCCGUCAAAUAAUUGAGCAGGACAAGCAUGCCCUGCUAGAUGUGACACCCAAGGCUGUGGACACUCUCAACUACACCCAGUGGUACCCCAUCGUCAUUUUCUUCAACCCAGAUAGCAAGCAAGGUGUCAAGACCAUGCGUCAGCGUGUGAUCCCAAGCUCCAACCGCAGUUCACGCAAACUCUAUGAGCAGGCAGUCAAGUUGAAGAAAACGUGUUCACACCUCUUCACUGCGACCAUUGAUUUGAAUUCAGCCAAUGAUGCGUGGUAUGGCAGCGUGAAGGACACUAUACGAGAGCAGCAGGCCCAGGCCGUGUGGGUGUCUGAAGGGAAGCUGGACGGGACGGAGGGGGAUCUUGAGCUCCACGACGAUCACAUGUCCUACCUCUCGGCCAUGAGUGCCGACUACCUGAGCAUGGACAGCCGGCUCAUCAGUGAUUAUGAUGACACAGCUGAUGAGGGCGGGGCCUACACAGACAAUGAGCUGGACGAGCCGACGGAUGAGCCGCAUAUAUCGGCCAUCAGCCGAUCUUCCGAGCCCGUCCUUGCAGAAGAGCUACUGAGAAGGUCCAGCCCAGAGUCCCGCAUGCGCAUGAAGACAUUUGGAAGCAGGGAUGGCCUUAGAGAAUGCAAUUCACCCCCUUCCUUUGUCCCUGAGACUCCCAAGGUGGUAAAAGCACAGCCCCGAGACGAGGUUCUCCGGGCACAGUACGAGUCCAGCAGAGGCUACGACUCCCACUCCAGCAGUCCUGCAAGCAGCGACCACCCACGCAGCCAGGACUCGUACGGAGCCAGGCCCCCACCGGUCCCCGUUGCCCUCAAACCCGUCUUCGGAUCCCGCAGCUCCAGGGGCGCUCCUGACAUCCAACCCCUUGGAGACCAGGGGCAGCCUGAAGAGAGUCCCGAAGAUCCCUCCCAGAAGUCCUUUCUUGGGAAGGUGAAGGCCUUUGAGAAGAUGGAUCACUUUGCUCGGGUGCAGAGGAUGCUGGAGCUUCAGGAAGCUCAGAAUGCCAGACUGGAAAUUGCUCAGAAGCAUCCGGACAUCUAUGCUGUUCCUUUGAAAGCACCAAAGCCUGACCUCAGCCGCCCACAGCCAAUAGGUUCAAGCUCACGUCCGGAGCCCCAGACCCCGCCCUGCAAGCUGCCCUACUCCGAGAGCCGGCCGCCAUACUACCAAGGGGGAGACGAUGAGUAUCGCCGCCAGCUGGCCGAGCAGACCAACCGGAACUACUACAACAGUCCGCACAUGUACCAGGACACGGAGCUGUAGAGAGCCGUGCCCGGCUCGCCUCCACCGCCAUUCCACAGGGGACACUCCCUGCACUAAUCUGCUGCUGACUUGGAAGCCUUCCUGCUUUUAAGUUUUCUUGCUUUUUUGCUUCAAAGAAGUUUAACUCUCUAUCCAUGAGGGUAAAAUCUCAGUUAGUGUUGUUUGUAUUUAUGUGUUUGUUCGUUAUUCAGGAACCACUUUUUUCUCGCCUAUGCAAAUAUUUCAGUUUCUUCAGAGCAACUGAAAACUAUUGCCACGUGUCCCUUUUUAUUACACAAACACUGAAACGUGUUGACUUCUCACAGCCCAGAUCUCUCUUUUUGUUACUUUUUUCUUUUUGUAAGCAGUAAAUCGUUUUCAAACUAAUUCAAGUGAUCACUUGUAGUUGCAUAUUUACUUUGUCUUCGGUUUGUGUAAUCCUGCCUUCUGAACUUUCUGAAACACAUACACAGUGGGAUUUGUUCAUGUUUUUGAAGUGCCUUUUUCUUUUUUGAAAAGCAUAGAAGUGUUAUGCACACAGGAGACACAAAGCCACUGGACAGCACUCAGCUCACACCCAAAAGGGGUAACAGGGAACCAGUGGCACCACAACCUUAAUGUCAUCCCGUGUCUUAUAAAAGCAGUGCAUUGCCAGGGCUGAGUCAUGUUCUAAACAAAAAUCAUAAAAGAUCAGGUAAAAUAUGGUGUUGCAAAUGUCCAAUUUGUUUGUUGUUGUUGCUGUUGUUCUUUGAUAACCACAAACUUUGAAUGUAUAUAACAUCUGCUUUAUAAUAUCCUCGAUUGACUGUAUAUACCUGUAUGAGCUGAAGUACUUAAACCAUGGUAUCCUCUCAUGGCUUCCACUUGUGUCGAAAUGUGAAGGAAACAAGUCCACAAAGUUUGGUUUAGGGUGGACCUUGGAGUUUCCUCAUUUUACUACACCAAACAGAAAUAAAAUAUUUAACCUAGCAUGUUUUUUUUAAACU